UCUCCGAACCAUCACCAUGGGGGCUGAGAAAGAUGCAGACACCGUUUCAACUGGCUCCAUGCGUCUGAAGCAGGAGAUCUCCCUGCUCCAAGGGGUCUGCCUCAUCGUGGGCAACAUGAUCGGCUCGGGCAUAUUCGUCUCCCCCAAAGGGGUGCUCUUCUACACAGGCUCCUUCGGCCUGUCUCUGGUGGUGUGGGCCAUAGGCGGGGUCUUCUCCGUGUUUGGGGCCCUGUGCUAUGCCGAGCUGGGAACCACCAUCCGCAAGUCUGGGGCCAGCUAUGCCUACAUACUGGAGUCCUUUGGUGGCUUCCUGGCUUUCAUUAGGCUGUGGACGUCCCUGAUGAUCGUGGAGCCAGCCUGCCAGGCUGUCAUAGCCCUCACCUUCUCAAACUACCUGGUGCAGCCCUUCUACCCCACGUGCUCAGCCCCCUACGAUGCUGUGAGACUCAUAGCAGCAGCCAUCAUUGGUCUCCUGACGUGUGUGAACUGUAUGAAGGUGAAGUGGGGGGCCAUUCUCCAAGUGGUCUCUACAGUAGCUAAGGUCCUGGCCCUCAUCGUCAUCAUCAUCGCUGGGAUGAUUAAGCUGGGACAAGGCCAGACGCAGAACUUUGAAGAUUCGUUUAAGGGUUCUAAAGUGAACCCUGGGGAUAUGGCCCUGGCUCUGUAUGCUGCGCUGUACUCCUACUCCGGCUGGGACACACUCAACUUCAUCACCGAGGAAAUCAAGAACCCGGAGAGGAACCUCCCGUUGGCCAUAGGGAUCUCCAUGCCCAUCGUCACAGUGAUCUACAUCCUGACUAACAUUGCUUACUACACCGUUAUGGAUGCUGGAACUGUGCUGGCCAGUGAUGCUGUGGCUGUGACGUUUGCUGAUUUGGUGCUGGGCUGGGCUCGGUGGCUGAUCCCCUUGUCAGUGGCCAUCUCUUGUUAUGGAGGACUCAACUCCUCCAUCAUCGCUGCCUCCAGGCUGUUCUUCGUAGGCUCCAGGGAGGGCCAUUUACCCAACGUCCUCUGCAUGAUCCACGUCAAGCGCUACACCCCCAUCCCAGCCCUGCUCUUCAACGGUGGCAUGUCUUUGAUCUACCUGUGUGUGAAGGAUGUAUUCCAGCUCAUCAACUACUUCAGCUUCAACUACUGGCUGUUCAUCGGCCUCUCCAUCGCCAGCCAGAUAUACCUCCGGUUCAAGGCUCCCAACAUGCCCCGGCCCGUCAAGCUCUCUCUGUUUUUCCCUAUAGUGUACUGCCUAUGCAGUGUGUUCCUGGUGGUAGUACCUCUCUACAGUGACACCAUCAACUCUCUGGUGGGUAUCGGCGUGGCUCUGUCUGGAGCUCCAGUGUACUACAUCUGUAUCCACCUGCCCCCCUCCUCCAGACCUGCUUUCCUGGGCAGGAUGCUCGAUGUGAUCUCCCUAAAAACCCAGAAGCUGUGUCUGUGCUGUGUGGCCUCACCUGACCUAGACCUGGACAACAUCCCUGAUGAAAAGCUGGAGUAAGGGAUGAAAGGUUAGGAGGGAGACUGAGCCAAAGGUGGAAACAGACGGACCACAAUCACAGCUACACUCCUUCUGCGCCAAUACACCUUAUUGAUGAACCAUUUUUAUAUUUUUUUCACCAGGACUUAUAAAUAAUCAUAUGUGACUUGCUUGUCCUAUAGUACUGUACAGUGAGUGUGUGUGUUCAGUGUUAAGGCUGAGGAAAGCCACGUUCUAGUGCCGGUGAACUCUGACAACCACAUGAUGCAGCACAAUGUAGUUCACUCCUACUGGUUACACCUAUGGAGAUGAUCAACCAUGGGAGUUGAACCAUUUAACAACGCAAGAAAUUCAAAUAGAGAUUUGAGCAGGACCUACUGACCAUUUAGGAGGAGUAGGUUUUCAUAAGCAGGACCUACUGAACAAAGCUAGUGGAGAUUUAAUUAUUAUUAUUUUUUAUAUUAAAUGAGUUAGAUAUUUAAAGUAAUGUUUUUAAAAAGUUGGAGGGGUUAGUCAAAGAUGCCCGUUCUGGCGCUACUUGUCUUGCCUUAAGCCAGGUGUGGUCUGUGUGUUUGCACAAACAAACUGCCUAUCAAUGACCUGUCUUUGACCGUUUAAGGUCACUAUACGAGGGUCACUGAAGAUUCCUCCAUCAACUUAGUAACCGUGUCAAGUGACAUCGACAUAUGUACUGUAUGGAAACUGCCAUGGAUUGAGCCGUUAUGGCGUCGAGGUAAUGUUUAUUGGUGAAGCUGACAUACAGUGAAUUAGAAGAACAAAGUGGUGCAUAUUCGGUUCUGUGAAGUGCUGUCCUUUUUUUGUGUUCUUUAUUUCUCUACCAAACCAAGCAAAGAUAUUGUCGUUAUUUCUCACCAAUUUAAUCUGUCAGACGAUAGUAAUUUAGUUACUGUUGCCGAUAGCCCAAUUUGGGCCUCACAUGGAUGCUAUCAUUCUAUUGGCCUUGCAUACCAUGGCACACACAGGAUAUGUUACAAUAUCACCAGUUACUGACAUUGUUACCAUGGUCGCCCUAUUGAUGUCCAGAAAGGAACAUGUAGGCCUAUAGAUUACAUUGACUUUUAGCCUUUGUUACACCAAGAUGGCUCUCUAAGACAGCAUUGAAGUGCUUGAUAUUAAGAUAAGUUACCUUUCACUGACAUAUUUCAUUUAAAACCAGAAGCCUAUCUGAAGAACCAAAACGACAGUUGCUGACGUAGAAAUGGGGAAAAUGUAGAAAGGAUAUGUUUCCAAUGAUAUACAAAGGACUGGUCUCAAUGUUUUCUUUAUUUUGUUUAAAGAAAUAUACCCAUUUUCUAAUGCAAUUAGAUGGUGAUCCUAUUCAUGAAAUCUCUACAGUGCGAUAAAAACAACAACACAGUUACAUAUGGGGUAAAAAAACAUAAAGUCAAAAAAUGUAAAGUCAAAUCGAUUGUCCUACAACAUGAAUUUAGUAGGAUCCAAUGCCAUAAAUAUGCACAUUCAUGCAAUUUCGAUGAACAUAUGAUGCAGUUUGCAGGAUUAGAGGAAUGCAACAUCUCCUUUACAGUGCAAUUCAUUGAGACGCCAGAUCAAAUAUUACAGCUACUGGCUGAGCCGUAUUUGAUUUCUAUGCACCAUCUAGUGGUAGUUUUAUAAACUUCAGGUUGUUGAAAGCAAGUCAGUCAAUGUUGUGGAUCACUGCGCACUCGGCACUUGCAUCCAAAGGUUUUUGUUCUGAAUGCGCUGUCUCUUAUUGGUGUAUGUAUGUUGUCAAUGGAAAUUUGCUUUAAAGCAGCAAUCAGUAGUUGAAACUAUAACAAUGGGUACUCCCCACCCCUGUUUUGCUGAGGGAUGGGGAUGGAGAAAUGUAACCACUCAAAUUCAUAGACAGAGCUAUGGAUGCAAGGACUGACCAUCCAUGAUAUCAAAAUGAUAUAGUUUUAACCAUUUUGAGGCUGUUGGUUUACAUUUACUUUGUUUGCAAACAGAAAAUAUAAGAUCGUUUUACUGGGUUCUGAUGGUGAACGUCAGUUGAACUAUGCUCAUAAGGCAUAUUUAUAACUUAUAUUCUUCAAGACUCAAUGGGUACAUAUGAUUCAUUUAUAAGGCCAAAAAUGAAUGUAGCAACUGCAUAUUGACCCAUUUUAAUAAAAUAUUAUCUCACUCCA